CUUAAACAUUAACUGACAGCUGCCCUAGUGGCCAAGUUGAAAGAUAAUUGGGUUACUUGCAAUGAAGCCAAUUUCGCUUCAUGCUUUUCUUACAAUAGCCCUUUUGUACCUUAACGGUAAGUCACUGCCCCUGCCGAUGUUUCUCGAGUUACAUAUAACUUGUACAAAAUUAUAUGACUAUUUGUAGUCUAAAUAUUUUCAUAUGGAGCUGUCUUAUUGUUAUGUUUUUUUAAUUAUUAUUUCGGUGGCAAGCAAAUGGACUCAGCUGCAGAGAGAGUCCUCAGUUGAGACGGACCCUUAAGAAUCCGUUAUAUGAUUACACUUGCGCGCGUUUUAUUAGAACAUACUGGGCCUUCCCUUAAUUUUCUGCGCACACUUAACACUGCCAUCCCGCUUUAUGUUUAGUAGUGACCCAGACUGUUUUGUGUAAGUUGACUAUAAAACAAGGGAAGAAAGUGACCUAAUUUGGACGACUUUUAAGCAACGCCUUCCUUAAAUUAAAAUAAAUGGAGAAAACGAUGACGAAAAAGAAGCCACCAUUGACAAAUUGAAUCAUUGCCGAUGACAGGAAGUGUGCCCAAACAGGAUGCGCAAUUUAAAAGCUAAGAGGGCAGCCAGAAACGUGUGACCGUUAUUGAGACCGUUGUUUUCUUGUUGUUUUUUCUUAACCACAGAUGACACAUUUUAUACCUGGUAGGACUGCAUUUUCACAAGAAAAUUCGAAAACAGUCACUUAUGCCAAUUAAAAAUUGGGGGCAAAUGAUAAAAGUGUGUUUCAGGGCACGGUAACACCCGUCUACUCUUCAGCUUUUUAAGUUCUCUUCAGUUUUCACCGAACAUUUCCUUGCUGGCGGUUAAACGCUAAUUUAAACCCAAGCAACCAAUUCACCGUAUAUAUUCCAGUGUUAAUGCAGUUUUUUGUUUAGGGAUAAAUGCAUACGACGAGUUUGGUAAAGCCUGUGUGCUUGCUCAUAAUAAACUAAGAGGGCUUCAUGGUUCACAGUCACUUGUCUGGUCAGAGGAGCUAGCUGACGAGGCUCAAAAGUGGUGCGAAAAACUCGCUUUAAAUGACCAACUUGGACACGAUAACAAAACAAUGGACGAAGAAAAUCAC